GAAUCGUGUCUGGAGAAGACAGGAGUAACGGACGAGCCUUGUGUUUUUGGAGGUUUGCGAUCCAUUUUCUGUGAAGAGUGAAACAUGGCGUCGAUGGAAGUUGUGGCGCAGCAGAAUGUGGUAGCCAGAGUGGCUAACCUUCCACUGGUGAGCUCCACCUAUGACAUGAUGACCAGUGUGUACUCCAAUACUAAGGAGAAUCAUCCCUACAUCAAGUCUGUGUGUGAAGUGGCUGAGAAAAGUGUGAUGACCAUUACUUCAGUGGCACUGACCAGUGCCAUGCCUAUAAUUCAGAAGCUGGAGCCUCAAAUUGCAGUAGCAAAUGACCUAGCUUGUAAGGGUCUGGAUAAAAUUGAGAAGACCUUGCCAAUCCUCCACCAGCCCUCCGAUAAGAUCGUUGCCAAUGCUAAGGAUGUUGUGACUGGAGCUAAGGAUGCGGUUUCUAUCACUGUGAUGGGAGCCAAAGAUACCGUUUCUUACACCAUCACUGGGGUGGUGGACAAGACCAAAGGAGCAGUGCAGGAUGGUGUGGAGAUGACCAAGGCUGUGGUAAAUGGCAGUGUCAACACGGUGAUGGGCAGUCGCGUGGUACAGCUGGUGAGCUCUGGUGUGGACACAGCACUGAGCACUUCUGAGUCACUGGUGGAUCAGUAUCUCCCACUGACCGAGGAGGAGCUAGAGAAUGAAGCUAAAAAUGUAGAAGGGUUUGAAGUUGCGACUAAUAAACCCAGCUACUACAUUCGUUUGGGAUCCCUUUCCACCAAGUUUCGCAAGAGAGCAUACCACCAGGCAAUAGCCAAGGUGCGUGAUGCUAAACAGCGAAGCCAGGAGUCAAUUUCUCAGCUUAACUACACAGUUGAUCUGAUUGAAUAUGCUAGAAAGAACAUGGACAGUGCUAACAAAAGGAUUCACAAUGUUCAAGAUAAACUGAACUCUUGGGUGGAGUGGAAGAAGGUGCCUGGGGGCAAUGAGGGAGGAAGUGAAGUGGAGCAUAUUGAAUCUCGUACUCUGGCCAUAGCCCGCAAUCUCACCCAUCAGCUACAGACCACCUGCUUGACCUUGGUCUCCAGCAUACAGGGGCUGCCCCAACACAUCCAGGACCAGGCUCAAUCCCUCACUCACUCUGCUGCUGAAGUCUACAGUAACUUCAGUUCUGCCUCCUCCUUCCGUGACAUGUCUGACAAUGUAUUAGCAAGCAGCAAAGGCCAGCUGGGUAAAAUGAAAGAAUCCCUGGAUGGUGUGAUGGACUACCUGGUCAACAACACCCCUCUCAACUGGCUGGUAGGUCCCUUUUACCCCAGGCUGAGCCCUGAUUCCCAGAGCCCUCAAAACGACGGGAAAGAGAAGAAAAGGCCCAAACAAGAGGAAAUGCAGCUGCUGAAUGCCAAGCACUAGGCUUGCAGCUUUAACUGCAGUGUUCAACAUUCCGCUUAUCGUCCUUUAAUCUUUCAGGGUUUUAAUGGAGGGAAUUUUAUUUUGGAGACAGAAGGCCUAUUCAUUCCAGUAUGAAGUAGUUAACCAGCUGCAGCUUUGAAACGGUCUAUAGGAGAUCGGUUUGCCAAAACCAUUUAAAAAAGGUAAACAAAAGCAUUUGCAAAUGCUCAAAUCCUUCCAUUAUUGUAAAGCUCCUCAUCUUUUUGAGGGCCAUUGCAAGUGCUCUUGGACCAUGUGUAUUAGUUGAAAGCCCUCAAAAGUGAGCCGUGCAUGUGGAAGAAUGGGCAGUCCCUGUUAACGGAUAAAUGCUGAAAAGUCUUGCUGGCAAAGGGUAGAUGAAGAGAAUUUUAACUAGCUUGCUGUCUCACAAAGCACUUUUCCCUCCCUUCAGGCUUGUGAUGUUAGGGCUUUGCUCUUGCAGCAUACUCUGCUUGUAGUUGCAUGCAGUUCUGUGGUGUGUGGUAAUGGAACCUUGGCUUGGUGGCUCACUCCCCUCACCUUGUGUGCCUUUGUAAGAUCAAAGUAGGAGGUGAUUAUGGAACUUCAAAUUGAUAUCCAGCCUUUGUGCCAUUUUUACUGUGCCUUUUAGCUGCUCUGGUGAUAUAUUGAAUUUGUAUUUCAAACUAUGUAAUACAUUAACAAUAAACAAACAAAGCAUCUGA